AGUUUGAGAAUGUUCUAGGAGAAAUUGGUUACUUUUCGCUAAUGUUUCUUAAAAAUUGAAGGAACAUUUCACUUGCCCACAUUUUUACUUUGAAAAGAAGACAGUCUCGUGUCUCCCGGAAGUUUUUGUUUUCUCACCUGUCAGCCCGGACCAGAAACUGUGCCAGUGUCAGCUUAGUCUCUUUGUUUCAUCCAAGAAACACGUCUUCUUUUUAUUCCACCUUUUAAUGGUGAUUCUAUGUGGCCACCUGAUCCCUAAUUAAGGACAGCAUCCAACACGGUCUUCUCUUUGCUACAGAUUAGGCCUGUGCAGGCAUGGAACCCCUUUUGGAUGAUGACAUUUGCAUCCUCAAACACGAGACAGCCUACACAGCCGCCGGUGAAAGCCCUGUAUCGGUGUGUGCCGGUGACGAAUCUGUUGCUUCCCACUUUGCUCUGGUCACGGCCUAUGAGGACAUCAAGAAGAGGCUCAGAGACACGGAGCGAGAGAAUACCUUGCUUAGGAAGAGGGUUAAGCAGCUGGAGGACAAGCUCUUUAGGCCAGAGGCUCCUCCAUCAGAAGGCCCCCAUUACGUGAAUAAAGCCUUUAGUGCUUACAGAGGAAUCUAUAUAGAGAAGGAGGACCUGCAGAUGGAGCUUAAUAAACUGAAAAAGGAGAAGAGUGAGAGUGAGAGGCUGCUGACGGAGCAGCUUCAAACCAAAGAGUUGGAGCUGCUUCAGCUGAGAACAGAGAUGGAGACCAGCCAAGGUACAGUGAUGAAGAGCCUGAACAGCCCGCAGGACUACUGGCAGGUGGAGAGGGUCAACACCGAGGUACAGAUCCACAAACUGCAGGAGGAGCUAGAGAAGGUGACGCUGGAGAACAACCGACUGCUGGAGAGAAGCAUGGAGGAACCCCUUGGCCUUAACGGACCCAACUUGGACCAGACCUGCGAUGCAAAGUUUGAUGCAAGGGAGAGGAGCAUGCAGCAGACAUACAAGGCUUUGUGCUGUGAGGUUACCCGUCUCCAUUCAGAGCUGAAGCACCAAACAGGCCUGAUUAGGAAACUCAGACCACUGGUCAGCGAGACGAGACCAGCUGCCUCCACUGUUCCUGUUCAGUGUCUGGACGACGUGGAAAAGAACAACAACCUUCCAGUUCCUCGGGCAUCAGUGCCUCGUCCCCCUAGUGCCCCCCCACUCCCCUCAUGCUCUGGCCGCCCCUGCCCCCCAGUCAGUGGUCCAUUAGGCACCUUGCUGCCAGACAGCCUGAGGGAGGACUGCUGGUACAACGGACCCUGGCCCUCUCAGAGCUGCACAGGAGAGGUGCUUCUCGGGAGUGAUACCUGCUCCGUUGUGCUGCCCCCACCUCCCCUCAACCAGGCCUCUCUGGAUGACAGCUCACGCUCCUUCCCCAGCCCCCCGAAGCCCAGCGAUGCCAUGUUCUGGGAGGGACACUCCACUGCAUCCAACUCCUCAUCCUCAAUGGGAAACUGCAGUCCCAGGAGCCCUCCUAAUGCAGAAUGGGUCAGGCCUUAUUAAGAUAAAGUUGAAUGAGAGAAGCAAUGAGUAAUAACUGGGUGGAAAAGUAACCAAUGGAGGAAUGGAUGAACUCUCCAACUCUGCCACAUAGCUACCACCUAACCUGCCUUAAGCUGUCCACUCAAAGUGGACUAGACCGGACCUGCUAGUUGUGGGAACUGAUCAAGGCCAGAAAAGGCCUAGUCGAGGUAAAGACCAUCAACUCAUUUAUUUAUCCUCUCUGCACACCGCAUCGGUGAACAUAUAUGACUUUGCAGAGGCUGGGAUAUACUUGCUGUGAAUGCAAACAUACAGGUCAGCGUUCUGCUAUGUUUGUAUAUAUACUCGCUACAAACAACGGAAGCAUGACGCAGCCAAAAUGCUCAAGACUGGACAUCGCUGCAAGGGGCAGUGCACAGUACUUGGUCUCUGAAAUUGUAAAAGGUGAAUCUACUGGUCACCUUGUAUUGCUGGGGCAUCAACCCCCAACACGCUUCCAGUUUGUUGCCAACUGUUACGGCACAAGUGUUUAUUACUUUGCAGUGGGGAGGAAAAAUCAUACAGAUUUCGGUAGGUCUUCAAAACUAUCUGCCAUUGUGUUUACUUUGGACCUUUCGUGCUCAUGCUCUUGCUUGCAGGAGCGCCUCUGGCGUUCCAGUCAAUAAUGCAACUAGCGCAAGCGACAAGUUACCUCACGUCAACGUGAGCGGCCUACGUGCCAAACAAUUGCUAGGAAUGCAUGGCAGCCACGAUACGUACACGGAUGCGUCGCUAACAGCAAGUAUAACCCAGCCCUAAUGACAAACCCUCAGCAGAAUAAAUCAUCUCUCCAUGUGUAUGUGCCCUUGUAUGCACAUGCAUAAGUGUGUACAAGCAUGCAUACAAGCAGAUUAUUUCGAUGUGUGACUGUAUGUAUUAUCAAACAGUGUGCCUGUGUAUGCAGAUCAGUGUGUGGGCCUCUUUCUCCUGCCUGUAUCUGCAUCUCAUCUUAAUAAACCUAAGAGGGCUCAAAGAGGCCUCCUUCUCCAUGUACUGUGGCCACUGAUCACUAAGAGGCACAGCAUUGUAGUGGAAUUUGUAUAACUGUACCUCCUUAAUGCAAGUCUCUUUACAUUGGAUCAGUGUAAAGUAUAACGAGUAUGUAGCCCCAUGUUUGUCCCAUGAUCAUGUGCUGAAGAUGUCUACGUCUGAGGACUUGAUAUGGUUUUAGACUUUGAUGGAGACAGACAACAUCUGGAUAAUUGUAUACUUUUAUUCCAGAUUUCAACAACUACUACGUUACAUCAAAGUUCUUUUCCCCAUAAAAUUUUUUGUGAUGAACCCCUUACCGCAUCACCUUGGAGAUUUUUAUUUUAUUUAAUUGAAGCAAAUAUAACAAUCUAAAAAUGUAUUCCUCUUUGGAAAAUCUUGGGCCUUUUUAAUCAAUUCCAUGACUCAAACGAGCUUCCUAAAACCUGCCUGUUCUCACAUAUUCCGAUUUCUGAGACCUACAGUUGUCUGUUGUGUUCUUUUCUCAGCUUUGCAUGGUUGGAUACUUACUUGGACAUCUAAAUCGGAAGCGCUUAUGGAACAGAACCCAUACACUCCCCUUUUUCUUUUAAACUUGACUAAGUUGGGAUGAGAUUUGUGGAUAUUUUCAGAAAUAGUGUACCUAAACUCAACUGUGCUGGUGUUUAUCUUGCUGUAAACUGAAGAAAGAAGUUUGAGGUGUUUUCAUUUGGUUGUCAAAUAAAGGAUGUACAAAUGCAUAUAUGUGGGAAUAUAAGAGAAACAGAAUGUUCAUAUCUGUAUAAAUGUAUAUGGCGGGCUUCAGUACUUCAUCCAGUGUGGUUUUGCACUUUUUUUUUUUCCUCUUUGCUCCACUGACACCUGAACUUCUGAUGGAGCCAUCUGUGAUGGUAAGACAAUAAUGUUCUCCUUUUAAGAAAUGUGAUUUGAAAAAUUGGUGCACAAAGCACAAAAGCCCAUGGUUGUUUUAAAAUAUUUUUUUUAAUCUUUUGCAAUUUUCUUUAUUUGAUUUCAUAGCCUUUAUUUCUUAAUCUUUAAAAAUGUUAUUUUACAGCAGUGGUUUCAUACUUCUGUAAACAAUUUGCAAACCAAAAUGCAAUGUACAGUAGAUAUGGAUUAUAUUUUAGACUUACUGCACUUCAGACUGUUUGUAAAUAUGAAAUAAAUGACUGAAAUGUA